AUGGCAGCUUUUAUGAUUUACGGAGCCGGCUACACUGGAGAGCUCACCUGUGAGUAUGCAAAGAGUGUUGGGUUAGAUUUUGUAAUUGCAGGAAGACACGAGAGCAAAGUCACUGCAGUUGCUACACGCUUCCAAGUCGAAAGUCGAAUUUUUGCUCUGGACAAUAGCGUCGCUGAUGGGACGGCACUGAACGGCAUUCAGGUACUACUUAAUUGCGCAGGUCCUUUCUCACAAACCGUUGGAUUUCUCGUCAAGGCAUGUAUACAGCGUGGAGUACAUUACCUUGAUGUUUCGGCUGAGCUCGGCACCUACCGCUUGGUUCAGAGACUGCAUGAAGAUGCAGUAAAAGCAAACACCAUGCUCAUGCCUGGAGGCGGCGCCAGUGUGGCUCUGUUAGGUUGUUUGGCCGCCCGGGUGUUGGAAGACGUCAAUCAACCCUACAGCGUCGAUGUAGCACUCCAGGUUUCGGGCCCUAUGUCACGCGGCUCUGUAAUGAGCUCUGCGGAAAGUGUUACAGUCGAUUGUCUCCAGCGACUUAGGGGCGAGCUGGUGCCACAGGAUACAGGAUCAACAAAGGAUUUCGACUUCGACGAUGGCAACGGCACGGUGACUUGCUUUCCCGUCACAUUGCCAGAUCUUAUCACGAUAUGGCUAUCGAGCGGUGUACCUAACAUCAGAAUAUUUGUCCAUGCAUUGGGAACCUUUGACUCAACUGGAGACAUCUCAAGCUUGCCAGAUGGCCCUACAACUGAACAACGCGAUGAAAAUCCCUAUCGUGCCGCUGCAGUUGUCACUGCGGCAGACGGAACUGUUAAGCGUGCCGUUCUACAAUCAGUGAACGGGUAUACGUUUACCUCUGUUGCUUCAGUUCAGGCUGCCAAGCGAAUACUAAACGGACAGGUGGUGGCUGGCUAUCAGACUCCAUUCGCAGUCUUUGGGAGCGAUUUCGCAGAAGUUAUUACUGGAUUCAGGACGAGAUUCAUCUAG